AAACUACGCGUGACUAUCGCGGUUAUGUUAUGUUUACAUUACCCAAGCCGCUAAGUGAAUUUAUCCAGUGCUAGUUAUUCCAAAAAAUCUAACAUAAAACCUAAAUGUCACUUAAAAAUGUCUUCUUCAGACGAGAGUUCGGACAGCACCGAGUACCUGGUGCCAUCUUCAAAAAUCGACUUAACAAGUUCAUUUUUCUCCACUGCCGCAUCGACAUCCAAGUCUAACCCCAAGGUAAGAGCUAGAAUAGAAUCAUCAUCUUCCUCAGAAGAUGAUGAACUUCCCGAAAGUUCCGCGUCGAACGCGGAACUUCUUUUGGAAGUAAUGAAGAACCUGGAGAAGAUCAACAACCCAAUUGUCCAACCAUCCCGAGCACCAGCGACAGUUUCUGAGUCUUCUAGCCGAGAGUUGUCUUCAGAGAUUGCGGAUCUUCUGCUGAAGCAUGAGAGCGGCCUUGGGUCCUUCAAGCUUCCCGAUGAAGAAGAAGAAAUGCCUAAGGAACAGAAACAGGAACAGGAACAGGUCCAGGUUCAGCAUCCAGACUAUGAAGUUCCUCAGGAAGGAGUUAACAUAACCCUUCCAGGAACUGGAAUGCCUAGCUUCAAAAGGAAGAAGAAUAAAGUCGACCUGGAGGCCCAGCUGAUCAAGAAGAUGAACUCCAGGAUUAAGGCGAAUCAGCUGUUGGUCCACAAGGUUGGUCUUCUUUGUUGGCUAGCCCACGGCAUCCAUCUUAACAAACAGAUCAACGACCCGGAGGUUAUGUCCACUGUUCUGUCGUUGAUCCCCAGUGUCAGCUACCCCAAGGGCAGGGUUGACAUCAAGUACAUCGAACAGUUCACCAAGUGGUUCCGCGGGGUGAUUAAGGUUGAGUUUAAUAAGGAGAAUGUUCCAGUUACUAAGGAACUUCUUCUUCAGAGGUUAGGUGAAAAGAAGGUUAGGAACUACCGGGAACUUGUUCUGUUGUUCAUUGCCGCUCUUAGGGCAAUUGGGUGUAAUUGCAGGCUUGUUUUGUCCCUCUGUCCUCCGCCUAUGAAGCCUAAAUCCGAUCAGCUGAUCAAGAGCAAGAAGGAGGGGGAAGGAACUAAGGAACGGGGAGGAGCUAAGGAUAAGGAACUUGGGAGAGGGAAGAAAUCGAGGGAAGGAGAGGAUAAGGAGGAUGAGGAAGAUAAAGAGGAUAUUAGGAACACUAUGGCUAAGAAGUGGAGUGAGAAGAAUAAAGGAAGAGGGAGAGGAAGAGGAAGAAAAGGAGGAGUAAGUUCUGUGGUGGGUUUGGUGAGUAAUUCAAAAGUUGCCGACAAAAUGGCGAAAGAAGAAGCUAAGAAAAAGGCGGCGGAAUUAUUGAGGGAGAAAUUUGCGAGUAGUAAAGAAAGAGGGGUUAAAAAAUUGAAAAGGAAUGAUGAGGGGGGUAAAAAAGAGGAGGGGGAAGUUAAGGAAGAGGAGGUAGGAGUUGAGGAAGAGAAGGGGAAGAGAUUGAGGAGUGGGGAGAGUAAAGUUAAGAAAGAGGAGGGGUUAGUUAAGGAAGAGAAAGGGAAAAGGUUGAGGAGUGGGGAUAAGAAAGAGGAGGAGGUAGUUAAGGAAGAGAAGGGGAAAGUUAAGAAAGAGGAGGAUGUAGUUAAAGAAGAGAAGGGGAAAAGAUUGAGGAGAGGCAGGAGUGAAGAUAAAAUUGUGAAGAAAAGGAAGAGUGAAGAGAUGGUGGAGAGGGGGAAGGCUACUAGUGUCGGUAAAGAAGAAAAUGAAGGAAAGGAAGACAAAAUGGAGACUGAAAGUGAGAGUGAGGAUUCGGAGAAGGAGUUUAAGGUUAAGAAGAAACUGGGGGUGGGUAGAAAAAAUUUAGAGGCGGUUAAAGAAGAAAGGAGGUUAAGUGAGAAAAGGAGGAAAGUUUUGUCGAGUGAUGAUGAAGAAGAUAUUGUUGAUGUUAGGGAUUCUAGGUAUCUUUGGGCGGAAGUUUAUGUUGAGGAUGAAGAGAGCUGGAUUAGUGUUUCUGUGCCGGAUAAUAAAGUUCACUGUGUUGCGGAAAUUUUUAAAAAAGCACCAUCUCCAGUAUUAUAUGUUGUAGCAUGGAAUUCUGUGGGAAAAUUAAAAGAUGUAACGAGACGUUAUUGCCGUCAUUGGUUAACAGUAACAAGAAAGCAACGGAUUGAUCAAGAAUGGUGGACAGAAAGUUUGUCUCCUUGGAUUGAAAGUAACAGUGUGAUGUCCAGAGCUGAAGAUGAAGCGUUGCUUACUAUGGAAUUGGAACAGCCUUUACCAGAUAGGACUGCGGAUUACAAAGGACAUCCAUUGUACGCACUCGCGCGUCAUUUGCUAAAGUAUGAAGCGCUGUAUCCGCCAGAUUGUCAACCGCUUGGUUAUUUGAAGAACGGUGAAGCUGUUUAUUCUAGGCACUGUGUUCAUACUUUAAGAAGUCGGGAGACUUGGCUGAGAGAAGCCAGGGUUGUUAAACCGGCACAGGAAGCUUAUAAGAUUGUGAAGUCUAUGCCGAAGAUGGAUAAAUUUACAGGACAGGUUGUAAAAGACCAGCCUCUAGAACUAUUUGGUAAAUGGCAAACAAAUCAAUACGAUCCUCCAGUGGCUAAAAAUGGAAUAAUACCACGUAAUGAAUACGGCAAUGUCGACUUGUUUAAACAAUGCAUGUUACCCAAGGGGACUGUCCAUAUUGAUCUUCCAGGAUUAGCCCGAAUUGCGAAGAAGCUAAAAAUCGACUGCGCACAAGCAGUAGUCGGUUUUAAUUUUGGGUGUCGCGGUGCGAUGCCGAUGACCCAGGGUUAUAUCGUAUGCGAAGAACACGAAGAAACUAUAAGAGAUGCUUGGAAUCAAGAGCAAGUGGAAGCCGAGAAGCGUGCAAAGGACAAGCGAGAUAAAAGGAUCUGGGGCAAUUGGAAAAAGUUAAUACGCGGGGUUUUGAUCAAAGAAAAAAUUGCUUACAAGUAUAACAUGAAUGAUUCUCAAGAAGACAAAGAUGAUAGUCUUGAUGGUGAUCUUGAUGAUCAUGAUAAAAAAAAUAAAGUACCUGCAAAAAAAACUAAGAGCAAUAGUAUUAAAAAAAGAAAAACUUGAUUUUUCUUUUCUGUU